CUUAAAUAGGUUAAAAAUCUCAAUUCAAAAUUGUAUCGCAUAUUAAAAAUUGAUUAUUAUUUUAAAAUAACUAAAUCAAUCAAAAGAUAAAAGAUAAAAGAUUAAAAUGAACAUUUAAAAAAUAAAAGAUGAACAUAAAUAUAAAAAUUAAGAGAAAAGGCAAAAAAAAAAUAUAAUUUAGUAAAACACAAAUUGUGUUUGUUUGGAUAUCACUCGAUCAAUGACUCAAAUUAAUAGCUAGAUAUUUUUAUAUCAUAAAUAACUAGAAGUCUACCACAUCUUUUUUUAGACAUUUAAAUUACUAUUUAGUUUUGUGAUUCGUAUGAAAGAUUAUAAAGACCCGACAAAUAUCAAAUUUAGGUCUUCCUACUUCUUUUUCAACUCCUUCUCUCGAUCACUAGAUUAAUCCUAGUGUUCUUAAAAUUAAAUUAUUAUUUAAUAGCAUUUGUCUCAUGUAUGUAAAGACUUUUCUUUUGUCCUUUUUAGGUUGUCAUUAAAGAUUCUUCUUAAAUUAAUACAUGAGGUUUGUAGCUAUUUUAUAGUUGAUUGUUGUAACUAAUUUAUGAAUUUAUUUUACUAUAACCAUAUUAUGUUGUAGUACAAAUUUGCAUUUUCAACUCCUAAGUUAUGGUAUACACAAAGUAUCUUAGAAAGCAAGGGUAUAAUAAGACUCAUCUCUUUUAUUAAUUAUUAGAGUGUGGAUUAAUUUCAUUGCAUCAAAAUGUAUUAAUUAAUUAUUUUUUUCAUGGAUAUGAUUCACACAAUGUUCUAAAGAUGAAAACUAAAAUUUAAAGUAAAAAAAAUGAUUCUUAUUUGUUGUAUUAAUGUUUUCCUCGAAUUUACAGGUUAUGCUACUUGCAGGAACAGACACAUCAUCAAUAACAUUAGAAUGGGCCAUGUCUAAUCUAUUAAACCAUCCAGAAAUAUUGAAGAAGGCAAAAAAUGAAUUAGACACUCAUAUUAGACAAAAUUGCUUAGUUGAUGAACCUGACCUUUCGAAACUCUCCUACCUUCAGAGCAUUGUUUAUGAGACACUUCGUUUACAUCCUGCUGCUCCAAUGUUGGCACCCCAUUUGUCUUCAGAAUAUUGCACCAUAGGAGAAUAUAAUGUCCCUCAAAACACAAUUUUUUUAGUUAAUGCUUGGGCUAUUCACAGAGAUCCCAAGUUGUGGAGUGAUCCAACACAUUUUAAGCCCGAGAGGUUUGAGAAGGAAAGUGAAGCAAGCAAGUUACUUUCAUUUGGAUUAGGGAGGAGGGCUUGUCCUGGUGCAAACUUGGCCCAACGUACAGUCAGCUUAACUCUGGCCUUGUUAAUUCAAUGUUUUGAGUGGAAAAGAACUAGCAAGGAAGAAAUUGAUAUGACCGAAGGAAAAGGGGUCACUAUGCCAAAAAAGUUUCCCUUAGAAGCUAUGUGCCAAGUGUGUCAAUCACCAACAAUUAAUGGUAUUUUCUAAUUUCUAAUGCUAUUAAAAACACACCAUGUUCUACCAAAAGUCAUUAGCACAAGUGGUUCAACAUUUGUAUUCUUUAAUCAAUGACUGAUGUUCGAUUUUCAAUUUGAAUAGAGUCGAGACUAGAGAUAUCA